AGACCUCUCUGGGAAUCGGCUCACCACUUUGUCAUGGCAACUCUUCCAGACCCUGCGACUCUUUGAACUGAGACUAGAGAGGAACAUUUUUAACUGCAGCUGCGACAUCCGCUGGAUCCAGCUCUGGCAGGAGAAGGGCGAAGCAAACCUGCAGUACCAGGAGCUCUACUGCAUGAACAUGGAUGCAGCUACCAUCCCUUUGCAGGAGAUGAAUAUCACCCAGUGCGACCUCCCUGAGAUCAGUGUGAGCCAUGUGAACCUGACGGUGCGGGAAGGGGAGAACGCUGUCAUCACCUGCAACGGCUCAGGCUCGCCGCUGCCCGACGUCGACUGGACAGUGGCUGAUCUCCACUCCAUCAACACGCACCAGACCAACCUCAACUGGACCAACGUUCAUGCCAUCAAUUUGACCUUGGUGAAUGUUACCAGUGAGGACAACGGAUUCCUGCUUACUUGCAUUGCCGAGAACGUGGUGGGGAUGAGCAAUGCCAGUGUGCUGCUCACCGUCUACUAUCCCCCGCGCAUCCUAACUCUGGAGGAGCCAGUGCUACACCUGGAGCACUGCAUUGCAUUUGCAGUGCAUGGGAACCCAGCUCCCACCCUUCACUGGCUGCACAAUGGCCAGGUCCUCCGUGAGACAGAGAUCAUCCACAUGGAGUUUUACCAACAAGGAGAAGUGUCUGAGGGCUGCCUGCUCUUCAACAAACCCACUCACUACAACAAUGGCAACUACACGAUUGUGGCCACCAACCAGCUGGGCUCAGCCAACCAAACCAUCAAAGGACACUUCCUUGAAAAGCCGUUUCCAGAGAGUACGGACAACUUUGUCUCAAUUGGUGAUUAUGAAGUGAGUCCCACCCCACCGAUCACUGUGACCCACAAACCAGAGGAGGACACUUUUGGGGUUUCCAUAGCGGUUGGGCUGGCAGCUUUUGCUUGUGUCCUCUUGGUCGUCCUCUUUAUUAUGAUCAACAAGUAUGGCCGACGGUCCAAGUUUGGGAUGAAAG